AUGUCAACCUCAGGAAUAGGAAAUAAUAAUAACAAAAAUAACAAAACUGAAUCACCAGCAAUAAAUAUUAAAGGAAUCUUUAAAGAAGAAGAAGCAUUUUUGAAAUUAAAUGAUAAGCAAAAAAUAAAUGAAUUAGUAAAGGCAGCGAAUAUGUUUAAACAAAGAAUAACAGAAUUGGAACAACAU